UACUGGAGGUGAGCACGAGUCCGGCUGAACCGGAGAGGCUGGGUCAUGAGGACCAGGGUCUGACCGAGGGUCAAGACGUGAACAGGAGUUUUGAAGAAAAAAUAACACGUUUCAAUAGUUUUAGAGCAGAAAAUGAGUUGAAACAGCGCGUGGAGCUGAUGACAGUGAGUGAUUGCACCUGGGAUGAUGAGAGAGCGGGUGGCUGCACCUGUGUGGCCCAGAGAGGAGCAGAGUGCGCGGGGAGCCGAGCCUGGAGGACGCUGCUACCAGAGGCAGAGGACAGGCAGCGGGUUUUCGGGCGAGGUUCCCGUGUGAGGCUGGGCUGAGAUGGUGGUGGAUUUGGGAACACCUCCGUCCGCUCCCCGGUGUGGAUGACGCUCUCCUGCGCUGGACCGGCUCUCGCCCCCGCUGUAGACAAACUGGAGACCAGACGGCUCCAAAGCUCCGACCCCGCGGAAAAGGUGAAGAUUUUGUCACCUGCGACCUGAGAUGCUGAAUCAGCUGCACAGCAAAUAAUGCACUGUCCCACUCAUAAAUGUCUCAUAAACUAGGUGGCGGUAAUGUACCUGUUGGCUGCCAACCGCCAAUGAAUGCUAAAAGAAGAAGAAGAAGAGCGAGCGAGAGAGAGAGAAAGAAAAAAAGUUUUCUUCGGAAAGGAUGAACAAUGUUCAACAGCAAGAAAGUCAUGUGUCUAUCCAAAAGGGACUAUUCAUUCCUCCCCUGAAAAAAUGCUACAAUUGCUGCUCUCCAGGCAAAUUUCAUUGUCCAUUUUGUUUACCAGUGUAUUUCAAACCCACAAAACUCUGCAGAGUUAGACUUCAUUUGAGCAAACAUCUGAAGAAAGCCUUUUUUGUUGGAGAAUAUACGAUCCACAGAUGCGGACAGGGGUGCAGGAGACGGCAACAUUACCACUGUUUGUACUGCUCAGCCACAUUGAUAAGAAGUAGAGAUUUCAACAAUCAUUUACCAUUGUGCAGCCAGGCCCAACAGCUGAGAACCCAGAAAUCAUCCCAACUACAGGAAGAGAUGACACAAAGAGUCCAAACCAAAGGACGGAGUGCUCCAUCACUGACCACUGGAGAGAUUGACUUCCCUUCAUAUGAAGAAGAGAGCGAUGACAGUGAUAACAUCACCAUCAACCCAGAUUCAGAUGAGCAGAGCAGCCAAGAAGCGUGUGCAGAACCACACUCUUCUAAAUGUGACCAAACUGUGCAGACAAACAUCGAAAAACCACAAGAUUGUGAUGAAUUCUACUUCAUGAACCUUGUGAAGUUGUUUAAGAAGUUGUCCCCUAAGAAAAAGGCAGAGGUCAGGUUGAAAAUUGAGAGAGUUCUCUUUGAAGCUGAGUUUGAUUAGAAAAGUGUUUAUACACACAAACAAAAUGAGUUUUUUUGUAUAAUGUUGUAUUGGAAAGUUUCGAGAAGCAGAGUUUCAGUAUCUUCUAUUUUUAUUCUGGACAGUAUCUUUGUGUCAGCCCACUGCGUCUUCAGUGGAGGUGAAAAACUGGAUUAUUUUUACAAGCUCUGGUGAAGCUUUAUUAUUACUCACUCAGUUGAGAUGCGCCAUUGCCUUCUGGGGCCCGUUUCACCAAAUUGGCAACAUACAAACAACGAUUUACAAUAUGGCAUAAUGUCCUCUCACAUUCAUUUUAAAUCAUUAUAUUAAUCAACUCAAAUGACCUACUUCACGUAGAUUUUGCGUGGCUCCUGAAGAAAUGAGGAUGAAAAGGUUCGACUGAACUCAACUGAGAAUCGUAUGAAUAUUCUUUUGUCCAAUGUGCUGCUACUGUCCACUUUUCCCAUACUCAGAAUACCUCCAACCAAAGAGUGAAUUCAGUGUUUCCUUUUUAUGGAGCACUAUUCUGUACUGAAACACACAUUGUGGGUUAAAGUAGUUAUAAAUGAGAAUGUCUAUGAAGCGUUUGGUCAAAAUAAAUUUACAUGAUGUUAAGACCUGUACGUUUGAUACAAGGCCGAGAGAUGUACUGUAUGGUUAAUAAGGGAGACUGCUCAGCCUACCUCAGAUACAGCUGGAGAAAUGAUCUCAGAGCUGGACACUACAAAUACUUGGCCUAGUGUGUCUUAAAUAGAUAAAACAAAUUAAGCUGCUGUUUGUUAAGCCUAUGUUGUGAAUUGUUUUUUUUUUUAUUCAAAUAAAGGACUUACAUGUAUUGGCUUUCGACCAUGUAUUGUGUUUUCAGUUUUGAAUGCAGGUUUUUCUCUUUCGUAGUUGUCUAGGUUAAGAUGGCUGUGUUGUCCAACUUAUUUUUUAUGUGGGUGAUCCAUUUCCGUGCGGAGAGAG